AUGGAAGAAGCUUUUAAAAAACUAAAUGGAAUCAGUUAUGUAUCGGAGCCUAAUCCUAAAGACUCCAACUAUCCAAAGAAGUGCGCCGCCUCAACUGAUACUGCCGUUUCCGCCAAGACAACUGAUACCACCACCACAACGGCGACGAACAAGAGGUCUCUCAAAGAAAACGGUAGUUCCGGUGGAACUAUGAGGUACCGUGGCGUUCGUCGCAGGCCGUGGGGGCGUUAUGCUGCUGAGAUAAGAGACCCACAGUCGAAAGAAAGGCGUUGGCUUGGAACUUUUGACACCGCCGAGGAGGCUGCAUGCGCUUACGACUGUGCUGCUCGUGCUAUGCGUGGGAUCAAAGCUCGAACCAAUUUUGUCUACCCUGCGAUAGAGCCACACUCGGCGAGCGACCAUUUCCUUCCACCUUUUAGCUUCUCCAAGCAGUCACAGUUAUCCAUAAGGGAUCUUAACUGCAUCCGUCAUCAGUACGGCCAAUCUUUUAAUUGGUCACCGUUUGCUGCCUUACACGCCGGAGACUUCUCCGUCGGGUCUUCUACUCAAAGAAACGCUUCUUCUCUGAACACGGUUUCAUUCCUCGACCUCUUGAAUUCAUCUUCGAAUCCAUCUUUCCACGCGCCUCCUCCUCAGUCUCUGGCUGACCAUUUUCCAUGCAUCAAGGGAAGUACUUGUUCUUCUUCUUUACCUUUCAAUUUCUCAGCUAAUUCAAGCGUUUUGCCUAGCAUGUCCGAUUCCUUCUCAGGCUCAACCAUGACUCUCCCUCUCAAUGAAUCCAAUUCGAGUAACGCAACCGUCGAUGAUAUGGAAUUCUUCCCGCAAGAACCUUCUGAUUCCGGCUUGUUGCAGGAAAUAAUUCAAGGGUUCUUACCAAAGAAAUCAGACGACCGUACCAGUACGAACUGCACUCAACAUUCCAUAGCAGCACCGGUGGUGACCGAUACAUCAUUCGGUCACUCCCUGAGCGGGUUGAAGGAGCAUUCUGGUUUCUAUGCUGAUUACAAUCAAGGGUUUCUUCAGCAGGUUGAGAGUUUCAACGGAGCCUCUCAGGCGAUGCCCAACGCUAAUGAAAUACCAGUGAAACAUCUACAGGUAGGUCAAGACUGCUUGUUAGAUGAUAUCUUUCAGUACCCAGAGUUCAUGGGUGGUUUAGCAGCUAGGGUUCAAAACGCUUGAGCGCACCAU